AUGAUGAGCUCCCUGAUAUUUGAAGGUCGCUGCUUCGACCAGAAUGGCACCUACAUGUGCUGGUGGGACUCGUCCACGAUACGAAACUACAGCCACACGGUCGAAGGAUGCUACAACAGCCUCUUCAAACCCGUCAACAAGACAGAAAUCAACACGUUCCGGAAGGAAGUGGUCACGAGCAUGGCAGCCGUCGGCCUCGCCUACAAGGGGUUCCGUCUCUUCAUGCGAAAGUUCGAGGAGGAAUUCGAGCACAGCAGCCUCCAGAAUCUGGACCUCACGCAGAACCAGCUUUUCUUCAUAUCGUUCGCAAUGACAUGGUGUGAGAGUGUGCCCCCGCAGCUGCGAGACAUUGUCAAUCUUGUGACGUCUCAGCCGGAUCCCCAAUACAGGGUGGAAAUAGCACUCGCCCACUUUGACAAGUUUGGGAAGUACUUCGCGUGCAACGACAACCUCGCCAUGUACCAGGAGAAGAAAUGCAGCAUCAUUUAA